UUUCUUUUCUUUUCAAACUUUUCAGCCUUCUUUUCCUUUUUCAUUUUUAAAUAUUUUUGCUUGUUUUUUUUUCUCUUAUUUUCAUCGGUACUUACUGACAAGUAAGACCGAGUAAAAACCCAACUCAAUUUCACUCUCCGUUGCCCUUUUAGAAACAACCACAUAAAGGGAAGAUAGAGCUUUCUUGCUGGGGCGUUUUUGGUUUCUGGGUAGGUGUAGCUUUGGGCAGUCAUGGUGAGGAAACAUGGAUGGCAACUACCAGCUCACACUUUUCAGGUUGUUGCAAUUACUGUAUUCUGUUUAUUAGUGAUUGCAUUUUAUGCUUUCAUUGCCCCUUUCCUCGGAGGCCACAUUUGGGAGUACGUGCUGAUUGCCACAUACUCUCCAGUGGUACUCCUUGUUUUUAUUCUUUAUGUUCGGUGCACUGCAAUUAAUCCUGCAGAUCCUGGCAUUAUGUCUAAAUUCAACACGAACAUAACAAACGAACCCAAUAUAUAUAAUGGGCUAUCAGAGAAAGAUUUGCCGCGAAAAUUUGAUGAAAUUGGCAGUGCAUUGCAUUCUUCCCCAUCAUCGGCUUCUAGAAGCUCUAUAGCUGCACCUAAUUCUAGUAAGAAAAGUUCGGUGAGAGAGAUUGGGGGAGUAGAUACAACAGUGCAACCUCUUACCAGAAAUUCUUGUAAUUUUGGAGGAAUCUUCUGUGCAUUGUUUGUCCAUGAAGACUGCCGCAAACAGGAAGGUGCAGCUGAACAACAGGGCACUGGUGAAGAUGCUUUGUUUUGUACAUUGUGCAAUGCUGAGGUACGCAAAUACAGCAAACACUGUCGAAGUUGUGACAAAUGUGUUGAUGGCUUUGAUCACCAUUGCCGGUGGCUUAACAAUUGUGUUGGGUACAAAAAUUAUGUGACUUUUAUUUCUCUAAUGGCCAUUAGUCUUGUUUGGCUUGUACUUGAAGCUGGAGUUGGUAUUGCUGUUUUAGUGCGUUGCUUCGUUAAUAAAAAAAGCAUGGAUGCUGAAAUUGUUGAGACACUGGGAAAUGGUUUCUCUCGAGCACCUUUUGCUACUGUUGUGGCUGUAUGUACUGCAGUCUCACUUCUGGCAUGUAUACCUCUGGGUGAACUCUUCUUUUUCCACAUGAUAUUAAUCAGAAAGGGUAUCACAACCUAUGAGUAUGUAGUGGCAAUGAGGGCAAUGAGUGAAGCACCUGCUGGAGCUUCUGUGGAUGAGGAACUGCCAAAUGUGCUAUACUCUCCUACAGGAUCUGCAACUACAGGCUUUAGUGGUGGAAGUUCACUUGGCUUGCAGUAUAAGGGGGCAUGGUGUACCCCUCCCAGGGUAUUUGUGGAUUAUCAGGAUGAAGUUGUACCUCACCUGGAGCCUGGGAUGGUCCCAUCAACUGUUGAUCCGGAUGCAGCUGCAGUUGCGGAAAGAGGCAACAAGGUACCAAAAAGACCUGUUCGAAUUAGUGCUUGGAAACUUGCAAAGUUAGACUCUACUGAAGCUAUGAGAGCAGCAGCCAAGGCCAGGGCGUCUUCCUCAGUUUUGAAACCUGUUGAUAACCGUCGAUUACAAGAUCCUGAAUAUAGUUCCAGUGGCAACAUGAGUGUCAGAAGUAGUGUGAGCACUGACAUGGGUGCAAAUAAAGAGAUCAAGAAUGAGUUGAAACUACCUGUAGUUGGAAACUCUUUUGCCCCAAGUCAAGGCAGCAGAGAUGAGUAUGAAACUGGGACCCAGAGUGUUAGUAGCUUCAGCAGCCCAAGCCACAUUCAUGAGUCCAUCACACUUAGUCCUCUGCCACAAGUAAAUGGUUUAGGUCGUUUUAGUGCAGAAACUUCAGUCAAUGGCUUAGGUCGUUUUAAUGCAGAAACUUCGGUCACUGGCUUUGUUCCUGACAUUCCUGUAGCUUCCAAGGCAACCUUUCCUUCUGGUAACAACCCUUCAUCAGAAAACGAGGAAAAGGUUGUGCAGAAGGGAACUAGUACUGAACCAUUGCUUCUUUCUGGACCAGCUACGUCUCUUCUUAGAGAUGUCAGACGGACAUCUGUUGUUUGGGAUCAGGAUGCUGGCAGGUAUGUAUCCAUUCCUGUGUCAGCUUCUGAAGCUAGAAACAGAUCAACAAUACAAAUGGGAUUGCCAAAAUCGAGUGUAGAAAUGAGCAAUCAGGGCAAAAAACCAGUAAUUCCAACUCAAGAACCUUCAUCUUCAGCAUCCAAGACUCCAGCGCAGCAAGCUGAGAAGCUGAUGUACACAGGGGACUCCAUUUUCUUUGGUGGACCACUUUUGAGUGCCCCAAUUAGGGAUGGUUUACGAAAUGAAGGAGGUUCAGGUUCAAGAGAGAGCCAACAGAGGUUGGCAUUGAGCGUACCACGGGAGUCUAGAUUCAAAAGAGAUUCUACCUCAAACCAACUUCCUGUCUUUGUUCCGGGGGGUUUAGAGCAGAACCCUCGUCCUGGAUCUGGUGUAAGAGUUAAAGAUUUGAACUUCUAACUGGGUUAUGUACAUUUUUUUUUUCUUUCAAAUUAUAUGGCGAGUUGACAAGUGAUGGGCUUGAAGAAGAAGAGGAAACCUCUUAUGGGAGCAUUUGAGCAGCCCCAGGAACCUUGCAAUUUUGGGCUAUUGUAAAUCUGUGUUGUGAGGUUCAAGCGGUUUCUUCUUUGGAGGAAGACUACUUCAGGUGAGGAAUGCAGAUGCAAGGUGAUCGCAACAAAGCUUGUACCCUCAAGCGGUGGCUGAAACGUUUCUAUUCUAUGCAUUUCUUUUCUAACCCUGUACAAUUGGCUUCGUUGAUGGAGUGCAGAAGGUUUACCAUUUAUCAUGUUGGGAGUUGAUAUGUUAUUUCCAUUCCACUGAUCUUGUUCUGCCCUUAUUAAAUCUUAUAAUAGCUUAUGAAUUUCCCAUCU